AUGACUAAAUUUUAUCUGCCUCUUCUUCUUCCUUUCUUCUUGACUAUUCUUCUUCUUUCCGUGGCCGUUACAGAAUCCAAAUCAUACUCCACAACAACGCCUUUCGCAGGACAUAAGCCGGAGAAACUCACCCAUCUCCACUUCUACUUCCAUGACGUAAUCACCGGUGACAAACCAACCGCCAUAAGAGUCGCUGCACGCCCUGGAACAAACUCCUCCUCAGUCUCAUUUGGUGUGGUUCUGAUCGCCGACGACCCGUUGACAGAGGGACCGGACCCGAGCUCGAAGGAAGUCGGGAGAGCUCAGGGGAUGUAUGCAUCGACGGAUAUGAACAUUUUAAGCUUCACAAUGGUCUUUAACUUGGUGUUCACGGAAGGAGAGUUUAACGGCAGCACCGUAGCCAUGUAUGGACGGAAUCCGAUAAUGUCGAAGGUGAGAGAGAUGCCCAUCAUCGGAGGCACCGGUGCAUUCAGGUUUGCUAGAGGCUAUGCACAAGCCAGGACUAACAAACAUGUUGGUUUAAAUGCCGUGGUUGAAUACAAUGUAUUCAUUUGGCAUUAA